AUGUCUUCUCGCCAAGUUGACGCUAAUGGUUUUCAAGGUACUCAAGUAUUAAAAUCAAGUACUCUGAUAGUAGCUGCUAAUAUAAACACUCAAGUAAUAGAAAGGUCAAACAUUAUCAUUAAUACUACUAAAAGGGAAAGACCAAAUGAUUAUGAUUCAUUGCAUAAAACUAAUGUUCUUCAACCUAAGGAAAAUACUGGUUUUUUGUUACAUGAUAUUAACUCUGAACUUGAUCCUCAAUAUUAA